AUGACAGAAGCAAACAACCUGAGAGACGCCCGGAGAAGAAGAAGAAUCCUCCAACAAGGAUCCGACCGUCUUGCCUUCAUCCAGGGUCGGAUCCAAACCCUCCCUCCUCCCGAUCUGCCUCACGCCAACGACGAGGAGCAGGAUGAAAGUGAGAUUUUAAGUUUCCCCAAUUCUGAAAUUGAACCUGAACAUGUACAAGAAUCACAACCUCUAUUUCAACCUCAACCACCAACAACACAUCAAGAUUCAUCUGAUGAAAUUUCCCAGCUCGAAGAACCUAGAAGUUUCGAUUUCAUAAGCCCUAGGGAUGUGACGAAUGCCGUUGAUGCCUCAAGAGGCUCUGAUGAAAGGUUGAGGAGGAGAAGGAACAGCGCCAGCGCCAGCGCCAGCGCUGAUUCUUCUGAUCAAUAUGCACAACUUGCAAAAACAUUGGAAAUUGGAAUGGUGCGGAAGACUGUGGCUGAUGCUGUCUUCAUGGAUUGUGUUGUCUAUGCUAUUGUGCUCAUAUGCAGCCUUUCCCUUGUGCAUCACUGA